CCUAUACAGCCCCCGGAGACUGUGAUUGGCCGGCCAGCGGGGAGUAGGCCCUCCUCUAUGCACGUCCUGAUUGGCCACAGUCAACCUUCCAUUCCUACCACGUGAUACGCUGUUGGCUGGUGUGUGGGCGUGGACUGGCGAACUGAAGGGACGCUAGCUGAGGGGUGGGCGGGGCCGCAUGAGCCUAUAUAAAGGCGCGCGCUCAGCGUCCUCACAGACAGACUCGCACGCUCUCUGCUCGGUGCUGAGGUUGGCUCAGGGAGCGGGCUGGCAGGGCGGCGCAUGCGCAGUGUGGAAGGGGGCCGGGUUAUGACGCGGUAGGCAGGCGGGGCCAGGGUGAGGAGCGGUAUAUAUAGGAGCACACCCCCGCCAUUUCGCUCAGUAGUGACUGACCGCGGGUGGGAGCUGGUCACUUGGAGUCCUCGCUCUCUCUCGCAGACUCCGCCCAUUCUUCGGGCACUGCUGACAGACUUCCGAGACAGAGCUUGCCAGGGGCGUGGCUCUUACAAAGGGGAGGGGCUUGUCUAUUGAAGGACACGCCCACCUCCUGCCACCAGGGGCUCCUCAUAUUUCCUGAUAGUUUGGGGUGACAGACCUGAGGGGGUUCUGGGAAGUUUUAAGUGGUUUGGGAGACACUUUACUGGAAUUUAGUGCAUUGUGCAGGAUUUGGGGUGACUGCCCAGUAAUUUGGGGUUCUGUGCAGGUUUUGGGGGAACUCCAGUAAUUUGGGGUGACUGGGGUUCCUCCAGUAAUUUGGGGUUCUGUGAAGGUUUUGGGGGGACUCCAGUAAUUUGGGGUUCUGUGAAGGUUUUGGGGGGACUCCAGUAAUUUGGGGUUCUGUGAAGGUUUUGGGGGAACUCCAGUAAUUUGGGGGGACUCCAGUAAUUUGGGGUUCUGUGCAGGUUGUGGGGGGACUCCAGUAAUUUGGGGUUCUGUGCAGGUUGUGGGGGGACUCCAGUAAUUUGGGGUUCUGUGCAGGUUGUGGGGGGACUCCAGUAAUUUGGGGUUCUGUGCAGGUUUUGGGGGGACUCCAGUAAUUUGGGGUUCUGUGAAGGUUGUGGGGGGACUCCAGUAAUUUGGGGUUCUGUGCAGGUUGUGUGGGGACUCCAGUAAUUUGAGGUUCUGUGCAGGUUUUGGGGGGACUCCAGUAAUUUGGGGUUCUGUGAAGGUUUUGGGGGGACUGCCCAGUAAUUUGGGUUCUCUGCAGAUUUGGGGUGACUCGCAUUUUGGGGUGUUCACUUUCCGUCUAUCUCUUGCCCCAGUCCUGCCACCCAUACUUGUUAAAUCACAAACCGUGUGACUGAACAGACUGGUGACCUUUCUACAAAUCUGAAACCAUUUCUGCUUUGCAAACUGUGUGAAGUUUGUUUUAAUGCGAAGUCCGGGUAAACAGGCUGCCCUUCACAUCCCUCUUGGAAUUACUGCAAGUGCAUAACUAGUUUCAAAUUGAUGCACUCAUGCAGGUUUUGGUAGAGAUGUCGUCGUCUGAGCCAAUGCAGCCUCCAGUGACUGUUGGAGGCAACACUGACGAAGUCACUUUUCUGGUUCCACUUGUUGCACCUCUCCCUAAACAAGAUGGCCAGUCUAAAGCAACAAAAGAAGGAUCUGAGCAGCAAACUCUGCCUCGCGCCCCCCGUAAUGGGUUUCAGGGGAAAAGGCGAAACAGUUUUAACAUUGGAUUCAAACAUCCAGCUCCAUUCAAGCGACGGAGAAGAGUGAACUCUGAAAGUGAACCUGUCCUGCCAUCAAAAUUUCUACUUGGUGGUAAUAUCUUUGAUCCACUUAACCUUAACAGUCUACUGGACGAGGAGGUGAAUCGUGCCCUCAAUGCAGAGACUCCCAAGUCCUCUCCUCUUCCAUCCCGAAACAGAGAUCCAGUUGAGAUACUUAUCCCUAAAGACAUUACUGACCCACUGAGCCUCAAUGCUGCCUCAGGUGAUGUUGAGCUAUUGCUGUCACCACUUAAGAGUGGUAGGAAAAGACACCGACACCGUCACCAUCCAACAAAUGAGGCUACUAUUAAGAUAACGACCAUGCUAGAGAAAGAGACCGAACCAAUUCCUGAGGAGCUGCGGCCAUAUGAACUUAACACAACCAUUAAUUGCCGGGAUGAAGUGGUACCACUGCCGUCCUUGGAAACCGAAGGAGCACCUCAACCAUCUGCUGUGUCAGCUACUGCUGGCUCCCGGCAUCGUAAACGAAGGAGGACGUCUAGCAAAUCAGAAGGAAAACAAGGCAGCCCUGAGAGAAUUAAAAGUGGAGUUACAUUAGCAUCUAGGAUACAGUGCAUAAGACCUCAGUGUGCUCCAAAGACGAAAAAUCGAUUUCAGUAUGGCAACUACUGCCGGUAUUAUGGAUAUCGUAACCCUAACUGGACUGAGGAUGCACGUCUAAGGGCAUUGCGGCCUGAAUGGUUCGAGGGUAAAGCUGUUUUGGACAUUGGAUGUAAUGUAGGACACUUGACACUGUGUGUGGCCAAGAACACGGGAGCUUCCCGUGUGGUGGGUUUGGACAUUGAUGGGGCCUUAGUACAAGCUGCAAGGCAUAAUAUAAGGCAUUACCUCUCUGAGAGAGCUAAAAGUGGUUCGGUCUUUCCUUCUGCUCUUGUUACCACAAGAGGUCCCAUUGCUGCCCCCAGUUAUCUGCCGAAAGGAGAGGAAGAAAAGCAAAAGGACUUCCCACAUAACGUCGUAUUUGUACAGGUCAGAAGCUAGUUAAACUUUUUUUUUUUUUUUUUGCGUAACUGUUAUUGCUCAUGUUUUGAUGUUUACCUCUGAUCUGUCACCCCCAUGUCUCCACUCCAUGCUUUAGUUGUCUCUUUCUGUGUACUUUUGGCUCUUGUAUCUCUACCUCCUUUUUAAGUUAUUUCCAUUACCCCCAUUGUACUGUCAUUUUAUAAAAUCCUGGCCUAUGUUUUACUUUCUCUUGUCCUUCCUGGAUGUUAAUACACUUCUCCUCCUAUAGGGUAACUAUGUAGUGGAACAGGAUGAGUUGGUGGAGGCUCAGAAAGCAGAGUUUGAUGUAAUCCUGUGCCUCAGUGUUACCAAAUGGGUGCAUCUGAACUGGGGUGAUGAUGGACUCAAAAGACUGUUUCGGAGAAUGUACAAUCAUCUGAAUCCUGGGGGAGUCUUGGUCAUUGAACCACAACCAUGGUCAUCUUACGGAAAGAGGAAGAGACUUACAGUAAGUAUUUCUUGGGAUUGUUGAAUAUCUCCUGCUGUGGAGAAAGCUGCCCUUUGAACUCUGGCUUUUUUCUGACAUUCAAGGGUUGGGGUCACUUGUUCAACAUUUGGAGUGUAGGAUGGAUAUAUGGCUUCCUUCUGUCUUAAAAUUUAAAUACCAAAUGUUUGUAACCCUGUUCUAGGUUACCCUAAAAAAGUUGGCCAAACCUUUAUCACCAUCUUACAUCUUCACUUAACGUGGAAUUGGCAUUGACCCUGCCAUCUUAUGUCAUGGCUUCCUGUAAGAAAUUGACAAAGUGAUCGCACUAGAGUACAUUUGAUGUGAAUUGCAUAUUUAGAUCUUUGCUUUAAAUCUAAAUGUUCUAUGCACAUUUACAGUGGUUUUUAGAUGGGACGUAAUCAUUGUCCCUUUGUUUAUCAUAAUAACGGAAUUUUAGAAACUUUACUGAAAUUCUAGCUCAAUCAAGUUAUUCAUCGGACAAAUAGGGAUCUUCCUUAACUUGCAUACAAUUAUAUAUCAGAUUAUAGCACAAGGCCUAGUUUAUGCCAUAAUCCAAGCACCAUAACUACUAUAGCAUGCUGUAGUGCUUGUGGUACCAGGAUUGUCCUAUUUUCCCCACUCAUGUAAAUCUGUCUGGUAAUACACAAAUACAAUUGUAAAUGUGUGUAUUCAAGGCGCUUACAGUCAAUAAUGAAAUAAACAAUAGUAGCGGCUACCACUAAAAAUAGGGACUCUCUUCCCUAAAAAUCAAUUAGAAAACCAGGUGUUCACACAGUGUAAGAAAUUAGUGAUAAAAACCACCACUGAUGUGUAUGUGGAGCGCUUAAAUAUAUACAGACUUACCCAUAUGGGUAAACAUAUGUAUGAGGAACGUAUCGCACAACAGUGUAUCUGAAACAGAUAUAAGUGCAAAUAGUGCAAGUAACGUAUGUGAUAAAUCCGGUGAAUAAAUAUUCUAUAUGGUCUCACUCACGUGUAGCAGAGCCCUAUAGGACAGGCUCAGAUCUCAACAGCUUGCGUGUACUUAUGGUGACACGAUACCCAAUCGAAAAUUUAUUAAAUAAGUAAAUAAAAACUUACAUAAAUAAGCAAAUGAAUAUAUAAAAUUUGAAGUAGAAUCUCCACUCUUCCUGCAGAGACGCGUUUCGCUGUAUUGUAACAGCUUUCUCAGUUGGUUCUGAGAGCUGUUACAAUACAGCGAAAUUCGUCUCGGCAGGAAGAGUGGAGAUUCAACUUCAAAUUUUAUAUAUUCAUUUGCUUAUUUAUGUAAGUUUUUAUUUAGUUCAAUACAUUUUAUUUUAUAUUUGGAAUCCUCCGUUUUGCUGCUUAAAGAAGGGUGGUAGCCUCCUUAAAGGCAUAGACACUAUUAUACCAGGAGCCAGGUAUUGGGCCCUCUAUCAGGUGAGAAGCCAAUUUUCUUCAUAUUAGACACGGAGUACUGGAAUUUAUUACACAUGGGGCUCUUUGUUUCCCCUCCUUUUCCUCUUAUAUAUGCAUAAGGAUCUCCAGGCGAUUAAAGCAUCGAUUGGGUAUCGUGUCAUCAUAAGUACGCGCAAGCUGUUGAGAUCUGAGCCUGUCCUAUAGGGCUCUGCUACAUGUGAGUGAGACCAUAUAGAAUAUUUAUUCUCCGGAUUUAUCACAUAUGUUACUUGCACUAUUUGCACUUAUAUCUGUUUUCAGAUACACUGUUGUGCGAUACGUUCCUCAUACAUAUGUAUGCUUACCCAUAUGGGUAAGUCUGUAUAUAUUUAAGCGCUCCACAUACACAUCAGUGGUGGUUUUUAUCACGAAUUUCCUACACUGUGUGAACACCUGGUUUUCUGUCUGGUAAUAGUUUAACCCCUUUAAGGACCAAACUUCUGGAAUAAAAGGGAAUGACAUGUCGUGUCCUUAAGGGGUUAACCUCUUCAAGACGGAGUCAGUAGUACAUGUUGUGAUCAAAACGUAAACAAAACCUGGAAUUUGCGCUAUAUGUCUGUUCAAUCGUAAUUCACCUCUUUCAUAUUAAGUGCACCCACACUUAAUAUAAUUUGUUCAGGAGAAACAGGGCUUUAAUUUCUCAUGAACUAUUCAUAUUUGAAACAUAAUUUAUUAUGAAUAAAAUAAAAAACUGAAAUUGAGAUAUUUUUUUUUAAAGUAGUUCUGCCUGACAUUUUAGCUGUAAAUGUCAUGAUACUGUUCACUUUUACUGCAAUAAAAUGCACAUAUUUGUAUUCCGCAAUGUCUCGCAUAAAACAGUACCCCCCAUUAAAGGGACACUAUAGUCACCUGAACAACUUUAGCUUAAUGAAGCAGUUUUGGUGUGUAUAACUUGCCCCUGCAGCCUCACUGUUCAAUCCUCUGCCAUUUAGGAGUUAAAUCACAUAAUUAUGCUAAGUGUACUAAAAUAUACACACAGAAAUGUUAUGUAUGUAUGUAUGUAUGUAUGUAUGUAUAUAUAUAUCUCUAUAUCUAUAUAAUUUAAUUUGUUUAAAAAUAUAUUUUUUUGUAUUCUUGUAAUUAUACAUAUAUGUAAUAUAUAACUUCAUUCUAAGUGUAUUUUAAUACAAAUAUAUGUACUUUAUAUUAAUAUUAAAAUACACUAUGUAUGACAUGGGAUAUGUGUGUAUUAAGGGGUUAACAAAUGAAAUUGUGGAGGGAGCCAGGGGGCUCCUGGCACCAUAACUACAAUUGCGCCCUUUCUAUUUAAGUGCACCCAGUACAUAUAUAGCAUUCUUUUACAAGGAAAUCAUGGCUUACGGUUACAUUGUGUAUACAUCACACAAUAUUAAAUAGAAAUAAAAUAUUACAUAACAGAAGAAACUUAAAAAGAAAAAUCACCUCAGUUUUGUAAUUUGUUAAAGGAUAAUAUAGGCACAAAACUGAGGGUGUCUUCUUUUAGCAAGCCCCUGCAGUCUCACUGCUUAAUUCUCUGCCAUUUAGGAGUUAAAUUGCUUUGUUGAUACAGCUUCAUCCACACCUCCCUGCAUGUAACUUACACAGCCUUCCUAAACACUUCCUGUCAAGAGAGAUCUAAUGCUCACACUUCCUUUAUUGCCUAAUCUAUUUAAUUUAGAGUGAAUCUUCUGUAUUAAGAUACUGCUAGACCCUGCAGGAGCCUUGUGUGUGUGAUUAAAGUUCGAUUUACAGAGCAGGAGUUAAAAACAUCUAAAGUUAACAUCCAAUUGAAAAUGAAACCGUUUUUGCAGGCUGUGAGUCACUGCCAGGAGAGGUUUGCCUAGGGCUGCAUAAACUGAAACAAAAGUGAUUUAACUCCUAAAUGGCAGAAUUGGGCAGUGAGACUGCAGAGGCAUGAUCUAUACACCAAAACUGCUUCAUUAAAGGGACCAUAUUGUCACCAGAACUACAGCUUAAUGUAGUUGUCCUGGUGAGUAUAGUAUGUGUCUAAAGGCUUUUUAAUGUAAACACUGCCUUUUCAGAGACAGGGCAGUAUUUACAUUGGAGCCUAGGGACACUUGGUCACCUUCAUUCAGACGGCCAAUAGAGGUAUUUCCUGGGUUCCACGCUAUGCAUGGAGGCACUGAUUACUCCCUAUAGAGAUGCAUUGAAUUGGCGCAGCGCUUUGCCACACGUGCACACUAGCUUUUUAGUGCUUUUCUAUGGGAAAGUAUUGGACUGGCUGAAAUUUGCAGCGGGUGCUGGGAAAAAAGAUGAGGUUUUUUUAUUAUUUAUUUUAUUCUUUAUAAUGGUAAUCGGAACCUAAAUAGUGCUCUUAGCAGUAUAGUGUCCAAAAUACAUUUUUUGUUCCUUUAACCUAAAGUGGUUUUAAUGCCUAUAGUGUCUCUUUAAUACUUUCUACACAACUAGUGCAACUAAAAACAAACUUUAGUUAUGUCUGACUUUAAAGGGACAUUGUAUUCACCCAGCCCACUUCAGCUCCCAUCACCCUUAACCCUGAGCAUGUAAUUAUUGCAGUUUACAGCCAAUAGAGGGACUUCUGGGUUUUUAGACUACUUUUGGUCGCCUAAACGACGCUGGACGUCCUCACGCCGUGCAUGAGUGUUUCCAGGAAAGCAUUGCUUUCCCUUGAAUUUAUUUAUUUUGGGGGUUAUGCAACAAAUAUGGCAAAGAGUGAAUUAUGGUUUUAAAGCUAGAGAAUAUCUGAGCACAAAUUCUCCACGCUGCGAUUUUAUAGGUCCCGUGUGCAGUGCUCACCUGGAGCGUUGCAUACAGUUUCUUUCAGUCUGUGGCCCCAGCUGAGAGGCCAUCCUCUGGAAUCCGUUGACACCUGCAGCUCCCUUGUACUAGUAAGGAUUUCACAGUGCUGGAACUUUAAACACACUGAUGUGGUUAUAUUUCCUUUAUUCAAGCGCUGGGACCAUCUCCUCACUACAUGAUUUGUGUCCAAUCAGAUGAAAUAGUGGGUCAUAGGUGGCAUUGUGUUAAAGCGGCACUGUCAUGCCGAACUUACCUUUCCUCAAUCUCUUCCUCUUCUCCCCCUCUCUCAGAAUCUGUUCUUCCUGUCUUCAUUAGUUUUCUUUAAAAUCAUAAGACAAAGUAGGGACUUAAGAGCUUAAUUUCCGCUGGUCAGAGCAAUUUUUCUACAAUUCUCACCUUUCCUCCUUGUUCUCACAAUGCUUCCUGUCAGUAUUGCCGAAUGUCCUGUCACUUAGAACGCCGGCAAAAGUGCCGAAUUGCUCCUAACAGAAUGAGAACAGUUUCUCCAUUCAUGUUAGGAUGCAAUUCGGGACUUUGUUGAGAUCGCAAUUUCAUUCGAAUGAAUGAAACUCUGAUCCUAUUCGUGCUGUGGCUGCAUCUUGCAGCUGCUUAGUAGAUAACUCCCUAAUUCCCACGGUAUCAGGGAGUUAUCUACUAAAAGGUUGAAAGACCUAAAUUGGACCUACUGUCCCCCACCCCAACCCUUGAGCGGCGGGUGGGGGCCCUAAAUAAAAAUUCACCCGCCCCCCAAAUCAAGGUGACUAGGGGUCCCAAGCCCCUAGUCACCCUCCCCACCCAAAUAAAACUAUCCCCUACCUACCCUCCCUCACCCUAAAAAUAGUGAGGGGGAAUAAAAUAACUAACCUGUAAACAAAAAUUUAACUUACCAUUUUCUAAAAUCUUCAUUUUUCAGCCUCAAAAAAGGCCAAAUAAAAAGCCAUCAUACCCGUCGAACUUAAAAUAAUCCCAACACAAAAAAAAUCCAUCUUCACCCAUGGAGGGCUCCUCGCAGACUGAGCUCUGCAGGGCGGGGGAAGGCACUUUGAUUGUAUGGAUUUUUAGGGCCCCCACCCACUGCACAGGGGGUGGGCACCGGGGGACGGGACAGUAGGUGUUGUCGUAUCUCCCCCCCCCACCCCCUUUUGGUUUUUUAGGGCCACCACUCAGAGGUGGGGGCUGGGGGGAGGACAGUAGGUCCUUAUUGUUGUUUAGUAGGUUGUUUUUUUUUUUUAAACAUUGAGGAGCCACAGGCUGCUCACUGUUUAGUGGACAUGCCCCUACUCACAGUAUAGCGGCAUUGGGAAGAUUUUAAUCUCCUUUAUGCUAUUAUGGGGUCAUAUUGCCCCCUUAUAGAGUGAGAGGGGACCGGGGGGGGGGCUUAUGACGUGGCGGGGAGCACAGCUCCCUGCUGCUUCUAUCUUUACAAAUUAUAAGGAGGGAGCUGUGUGCCGGUAGCUCCCUCCUUGUAAUAAACUGAACGAACACUGAUCCUCAGUGUUUUUGUUCGUAUGACAAUGCUAUUCAUUCAUUCGAUUUUCUGAUGAAUGAAUAAAUAGAUGAAAUUCCUGUUCGCAUGCCGAAGUAUUUAACUGGGCAUGUGCGGGAAUCUCAGUGCUAUCUAGUGUGGGCAGAUGACGUGUCCCACAGGAAUUGGGCAGUGAGACUGCAGAGGCAUGAUCUAUACACCAAAACUGCUUCAUUAAAGGGACCAUAUUGUCACCAGAACUACAGCUUAAUGUAGUUGUCCUGGUGAGUAUAGUAUGUGUCUAAAGGCUUUUUAAUGUAAACACUGCCUUUUCAGAGACAGGGCAGUAUUUACAUUGGAGCCUAGGGACACUUGGUCACCUUCAUUCAGACGGCCAAUAGAGGUAUUUCCUGGGUUCCACGCUAUGCAUGGAGGCACUGAUUACUCCCUAUAGAGAUGCAUUGAAUUGGCGCAGCGCUUUGCCACACGUGCACACUAGCUUUUUAGUGCUUUUCUAUGGGAAAGUAUUGGACUGGCUGAAAUUUGCAGCGGGUGCUGGGAAAAAAGAUGAGGUUUUUUUAUUUAUUUUAUUCUUUAUAAUGGUAAUCGGAACCUAAAUAGUGCUCUUAGCAGUAUAGUGUCCAAAAUACAUUUUUUGUUCCUUUAACCUAAAGUGGUUUUAAUGCCUAUAGUGUCUCUUUAAUACUUUCUACACAACUAGUGCAACUAAAAACAAACUUUAGUUAUGUCUGACUUUAAAGGGACAUUGUAUUCACCCAGCCCACUUCAGCUCCCAUCACCCUUAACCCUGAGCAUGUAAUUAUUGCAGUUUACAGCCAAUAGAGGGACUUCUGGGUUUUUAGACUACUUUUGGUCGCCUAAACGACGCUGGACGUCCUCACGCCGUGCAUGAGUGUUUCCAGGAAAGCAUUGCUUUCCCUUGAAUUUAUUUAUUUUGGGGGUUAUGCAACAAAUAUGGCAAAGAGUGAAUUAUGGUUUUAAAGCUAGAGAAUAUCUGAGCACAAAUUCUCCACGCUGCGAUUUUAUAGGUCCCGUGUGCAGUGCUCACCUGGAGCGUUGCAUACAGUUUCUUUCAGUCUGUGGCCCCAGCUGAGAGGCCAUCCUCUGGAAUCCGUUGACACCUGCAGCUCCCUUGUACUAGUAAGGAUUUCACAGUGCUGGAACUUUAAACACACUGAUGUGGUUAUAUUUCCUUUAUUCAAGCGCUGGGACCAUCUCCUCACUACAUGAUUUGUGUCCAAUCAGAUGAAAUAGUGGGUCAUAGGUGGCAUUGUGUUAAAGCGGCACUGUCAUGCCGAACUUACCUUUCCUCAAUCUCUUCCUCUUCUCCCCCUCUCUCAGAAUCUGUUCUUCCUGUCUUCAUUAGUUUUCUUUAAAAUCAUAAGACAAAGUAGGGACUUAAGAGCUUAAUUUCCGCUGGUCAGAGCAAUUUUUCUACAAUUCUCACCUUUCCUCCUUGUUCUCACAAUGCUUCCUGUCAGUAUUGCCGAAUGUCCUGUCACUUAGAACGCCGGCAAAAGUGCCGAAUUGCUCCUAACAGAAUGAGAACAGUUUCUCCAUUCAUGUUAGGAUGCAAUUCGGGACUUUGUUGAGAUCGCAAUUUCAUUCGAAUGAAUGAAACUCUGAUCCUAUUCGUGCUGUGGCUGCAUCUUGCAGCUGCUUAGUAGAUAACUCCCUAAUUCCCACGGUAUCAGGGAGUUAUCUACUAAAAGGUUGAAAGACCUAAAUUGGACCUACUGUCCCCCACCCCAACCCUUGAGCGGCGGGUGGGGGCCCUAAAUAAAAAUUCACCCGCCCCCCAAAUCAAGGUGACUAGGGGUCCCAAGCCCCUAGUCACCCUCCCCACCCAAAUAAAACUAUCCCCUACCUACCCUCCCUCACCCUAAAAAUAGUGAGGGGGAAUAAAAUAACUAACCUGUAAACAAAAAUUUAACUUACCAUUUUCUAAAAUCUUCAUUUUUCAGCCUCAAAAAAGGCCAAAUAAAAAGCCAUCAUACCCGUCGAACUUAAAAUAAUCCCAACACAAAAAAAAUCCAUCUUCACCCAUGGAGGGCUCCUCGCAGACUGAGCUCUGCAGGGCGGGGGAAGGCACUUUGAUUGUAUGGAUUUUUAGGGCCCCCACCCACUGCACAGGGGGUGGGCACCGGGGGACGGGACAGUAGGUGUUGUCGUAUCUCCCCCCCCCACCCCCUUUUGGUUUUUUAGGGCCACCACUCAGAGGUGGGGGCUGGGGGGAGGACAGUAGGUCCUUAUUGUUGUUUAGUAGGUUGUUUUUUUUUUUUAAACAUUGAGGAGCCACAGGCUGCUCACUGUUUAGUGGACAUGCCCCUACUCACAGUAUAGCGGCAUUGGGAAGAUUUUAAUCUCCUUUAUGCUAUUAUGGGGUCAUAUUGCCCCCUUAUAGAGUGAGAGGGGACCGGGGGGGGGGCUUAUGACGUGGCGGGGAGCACAGCUCCCUGCUGCUUCUAUCUUUACAAAUUAUAAGGAGGGAGCUGUGUGCCGGUAGCUCCCUCCUUGUAAUAAACUGAACGAACACUGAUCCUCAGUGUUUUUGUUCGUCUGACAAUGCUAUUCAUUCAUUCGAUUUUCUGAUGAAUGAAUAAAUAGAUGAAAUUCCUGUUCGCAUGCCGAAGUAUUUAACUGGGCAUGUGCGGGAAUCUCAGUGCUAUCUAGUGUGGGCAGAUGACGUGUCCCACAGGAACUUCAUCUACCCACAGAAAGAUGGCGGCGCCCUGAAUAUAGAUCGGGGCAGAAAAUAACGAUUAAAAAAUAGGUAAUAUGGUGGGCUUAGGGGCAUUUGGGGGUGACUAGGGGGUCAAUUAGAUGUAGUGGAGGGGGGUUAAAAAAAAAAAAUUGGAUUCGGCCAUGACAGUGCCGCUUUAAGGAGUUACAGGGCUUACCCAAGAUAAACAUACUUUACCUCCUUACACCGGGCAUCCGUUUGACAGCCAUUCAAAUUAUGUAAGAAAUAGAAGUAAACCGCACUCUUCUCGCUUAUCAAUUCAGCCAUGCUGUUCUCUGGUGCAUUCACCAGGAUUUAUUCACUAAAUGCCGAGCUGGAAUGUAAAUGGCAAAAUGUCAGCAUAAACAUCUGGUUGUCCAGCUCUGCUACUGUUGCAGCUUGGCGGAUAAGGCCUAAAUGUCAACAUUUGGAUUUCAAUUCAGUACAGUUCUUUUAGUAAAUAAACCCCCUAAAGAGUUCCCUGUUUCUGGAACUCAAAUCUCCAAUAGAGGGAUUCACCCACCUAAUCAGUGUGUUAAUAUAGUGCAGUAGAAGGCAGUGACCAAUACAGAGCGUCCACUGUCUGGGAUUUUCUAAAGUCCAGCGUUCACCAAUAUGUGCAGUGCCGCGUCUCCCUAUCCUUCCUUGCUGCCUCCUUAAUGGUGUAUACUGUGUGGGAAUAUUUGGUGGAAAUAUUUUGCUCUUGAGGACCCGUAGUGUCACCUUUUAAUACUGUUGGGUGCAUUUACUAAACGGUUAAUUGAAAAAAAUAUGAAAUUUGAUUGGGAAACUUGGUUGUAGUUGAGUAAGUUUGAGAAUUUUUGCAAUUAAACAUUUCUGCAUUUUUUUGCUUAGAGUCCCUUUAACUUUCAUUACAUAUAAUUAAACUUUUUUUAUAUUUUUUGAUAGAAGUGAAAAUCUAAUGACUGUCACAUUUGUUAACCCUGAAUUUUUGGCCAUCACAACAAGUAACUGAAAGUGCAAGGUUGCCGUGCGAUGUUAACUCCAUUAUGGACGGUGGGCAUCCCUGCCGUCCUUAAUACUUACCAGGUCCCCUGCUGGGUUGUGUUCAGCGACAUCGCAUGAGUAUACCAGUACCCACCAUGUGUUAUGGUGUAGUCCAGCAAUGAGAAUUACCCGAUGAUGGCAUAGCAUUUGAAAAAUUACACAACCCAUGGUAUUCAAAAUUGGGUAUCUCCAUUCUUUUUUUAGUAGCUGCUUAGUCACAAACACUGGCCAAAGUUAGUGUUCAUAAGUGGCUACUAAAAAAGACUAGAUACACCCUAUUUGCAAUACCUCAGGUUGUCUAUUUUUGCAAAUGUUAUGCAAUAAUGGGGGUAAUUUCUAGUUUGUAAUAUUACAAAAACCUCCAACUCCAAGACAAAAUGGAUGGGUAAUGUGACGAUUUGAGCCUAUAUAAAAUGCAUCUUUCCUCUCAGAAUGUUAUCACUGUUUUUAAAAUCCUGUUUCUGGUGAAUUUUUUUUUUUUUUUCCCAUUUAUUUUUGGUGCCCUUAGUAUUUCAGUUUAUCCGAACACAAUAGACGUGUCACUGCCAGUUGACAUGCGGACAGUCUGCUGCAAUAAAAAUGCCUUUGGUAAAGAUCUGUAAUGGUAAUUCUCACGUGUCUUUCAGGAAACAAUCUACAGAAACUUCAGUAAGAUUUCCUUCAAACCUCAUCAGUUCACGUCAUACCUGCUAUCUUCUAAAGUUGGAUUCUCCAGUUACGAGCUCAUUGCUACACCACACACCCAAGCUAAAGGUAAUUCAAUCUGUCCUUUACCCAUUCCACAUAUCCCAGGUAUCCUCUUGUCCAAUCCUAGGCUGCUGCAUACAGUCUAGUAUUCUCUUCCAUUCUCAGGCACAGGAUAGAGAUUACAUGGCAGCUGUCAAUCCCUUUUUAAUUAUUUAUUUCUCUGCAGGUUUUCAGCGACCAAUCUACGCGUUUUACAAGAACACAUACACCAUGCAGGAGACACCCAGGAGAACCACUCAAGUAGAGCCGCCUACCUUGCACCACUCCACAGCCAUGCUGGAGGAGACUCCGGCCAUGGACACAGUGCAGGAGACACCUGCCACCACCAUGCCUCAGGAGCUGCCUACAACCGCAACUCUGGAAGAAACACCUAACGUGGUGCAGGAGCAGCCUGCCACCACCAUGCUUCAAAAGCCUUCUGCAACAACUACACAGGAGGAGACAUCUGCCACCACCAUGCUUCGAAAGCCUUCUGCAACAGCCACACAGGAGGAGACACCUGCCGCCACCAUGCUUCAAAAGCCUCCUCCAACAGCAACACAGGAGGAGACACCUGCUACCACCAUGCUUCAAAAGCCUCCUCCAACAGCAACACAGGAGGAGACACCUGCUACCACCAUGCUUCAAAAGCCUCCUCCAACAGCAACACAGGAGGAGACAGCUGCUACCACCAUGCCUCAAAAGACUCCUCCAACAGCAAUGCAAGAGGAGACAUCUACCAUGGUGCAGGAGCAGCCUGCCACCAUCAUGCUUCAGGAGCCGCCUGCAACACCUAUGUCGGAGGAGAAAUCUGCCAUGGACAUACUUCAGGAGCCUCCUGCAACAGCCACGCCAGAGGAGCAGCCUGCUACCACCACGCAUCAGGAGCCGCCAGCAACAGCCACGUUGGAAAAAACAUCUGCUAUGGACAUGGUGCAGGAACCACCAGCAACAGCCAUGCUGAAGGAGCCACUUGCCACAGCGACAUCGGAGACCACCAUGACUCCCAGCACAGACCCUAUACAGGAUGUCUAAUUUGUCUACUCUUGUUUAUAUAUACUUUUUUGCUUUACCCCUGGCAAAUACCCCACUUCCCCAUAUACAUAUAUAUAUAUUUUUUUUUUGUGUAAAAUUCUUUAUUUUUUAAGACAAACCACAUUUUCUUGGGGUUUAAAUAGUUCAGCCUGUUUCUGGAAUCUUUGCAAAAUAUAAUGUUAUUUGACUGGUGUCAUCCAUUUGCUUAACCGUUUGAUUCUGAACUGACUUUUGUUCUCUGUGAAUGGAGAUGGCACGCUUCAUCAUGGGAAGCUGGCUCUGAGCUGCUCCCUUUCAUACAACGGCCAUUGAUAAGAGCUGUGAUAAUUUGCAAAUAAUAAAUGAUCCUGCUCUGUUUAACCCUCAGAGGGAGGUCACCUGAAACGUUUCCUGUUUGUACAAAUUCAUUUUUGGGAUAUCGUCCUGGUUACUUGGCUCCAUUUUGCUGUAACAGGAAUCUGUCCUGGGCACAUGUUGCCUCUUGUCCAAGGUGUAAAAUAUGAAGUUAUUUAUUUCCUGGGGUUAAACAAUACUCUUACCUGAACUAAAGCAGAACUCGCACUUUCUUAUUCAAUAUAUCUUUAGUUCCCUGCGUCUGGCAUAGUGGGAGAUGAUUGUCGGCCUGUUCCUGAACUUCUUAAACCCUGCCCUUGCUAGACUGUGAAAGUGCAUUGAACACUGCUCUGGCAGGAAGGGUUACAGAUUGGAUAUAAUUGCAGCUUUGAGUCUGUAAAGGAACAUUAUAAUCCCCAAAACAACUUUAGAUUACUGUAGUGGUUUUGGUGUAUAGAUCAUGCCUCUGCAUUCUCACUGCUCGAUUAUCUGCUAUUUAGGAGUUAAAUCAUUCUGUUUAUGUAGUAUAGCCUCACUUCAGUGCAUGUAGAAUUUAUCUCCUGCAUUCUUAACAGUUUGCUAGACCCUGCAGGAGCGUCCUGUGUGUGACUAAACUUCAUUUUACAGGGCAAAAUAUAUAUUUUUCUUUUUUAAAGUAAAUUUAUAUCUGAUUUGAAAAUUAAACUUUUUUUUUUUUUUUUUUAUCAUGCAGGCUGUGUAGGUUACAGCCAGGGAAGGUGUGGCUAGGGCUGUAUAAACAAAGUGAUUUAACUGCUAAAUGGCAGAGAAUUGAGCAGUGAUACUGCAGAGACAUGAUUUAUACACCGUAACUGCUUCAUUAAGCUAAAGUUGUUUUGGUGACUAUAGUGUCCCUUUAAAUACCUUGGUUAUGGUAAAAUCUGUCCGAGCCACGUAGGGAUUCAGGGUAGGUACACAUAUUGUGAUUACUUGGUGUCUGCAACAAUUUGCUGAGGACUGCUGAGCUCCACAAUUUAAUUAGGAGUAUGUACUCUGUAAAGGCAUGAUGUGGACAGGGCAAGGAUAAACUCAGUGUGGAUCUAUAUGGAAUAUAAUUCUGUAACCAUGAAUCAAAGGAACGCAACAUAUUCUAAUGGAAAUCUGGUCCCCAACAUGGACUGUAGGAUCGAAACCUGCACAACAGUCACCAAGGGCUUCUGUUUAUAACAGAUAUUAAAAAAAAAAAAAAAUCACCAUUUUGUAUAUUUGGUGUAAAUUUCACACAUUUUAUGUAAGAAUCAAUUAAUAGUUAAAUAUAAAUGUGUACAGGAGAAUAAACUGCGUAAAUGGUGGAAUAUUGAAAGGACUGACCUCUACUCUGACAGUAUGAGCCCAGAUACACCUGCACCAUUAAAUAUACUCUGCUCUCCUGUGUACAUUGAUAUUUAGCUAUUGCUACAUUUGUGAAAAUACACGAUUUGGUGAUAUUUGUUUCUAUUUUUGUUAAUAAAUAUUGGGUUGUGUAUUUUGAGUGCAUUGCCCCUUUAUGGUAUAUUAUUGGGUUUGUGGGUAUAUUUGUGUAUAUAGAAUAUACAGGGUCUGCUGUGUGCUGCGUUAAUGCCGACAUAUAGAGAAUGUGAGAAAGGCCUUUGGAAAGUGUAGAGAAGUGUGUGGGGGUUCUGUUACCGCUCAGAGAAAGUAAAGCUUAGGAAAUGCCAAUUUCUUAAACAUAAGGCAAGCUGCUAAGAAAUAGACUGGGAAAAGAAAUGUUCAAACUAGAAAGGUACAGUGAAAAGAUAGAACUCCCCUAAAUACUGGGGUGUGGGGAUACAUUAUUCUCUGAGCGGAGUGAGCUUAAAGGGGAACUGUCGCCUUCC